AUGCAAGGCAACUUUCAAAGUACUGCGCAGGCCGACUCAACAGCUCAAGGCUUCAUAAAUAACGACACUGACUGUUUUAUUAUAUCAGCCCUACAGCUUUGUAUCCGAAGUGGGCUAUUAAGAACUAUUUGCAAUCAAAAAUGAAAAACUGACUUCUUAGACUCAGUAAAUCCAAUAGUUGAUGCAUUAAUAGAUUUGAGAAACGAAUAUAAUGCAAAAAGAGGCAGCGAAAAUAGGCCCUUAAAAGUGCAGCGUUUAAGAAUGGCUCUUGCUGAUCAAAAAACUAUUUACCAAUGUGGGAACUUAGGGGAUGCCUGGGAUGCUAUAAAUUUUAUGUUCGAAACUAUUCACAAUUAUUAUUCUCCAUUUUUUGCUAAUAGGAUAGAAGCUUGCUGUCCUGUACACGAAAUUUUUGGAAAAGUAGGAAAACAAGUAGAAUCGUGCACCAACCCGGCAUGCGAUGUUCCUAAAAAUCCAAAGAUUUAUGAUAUAGAUAAACGAGCUUAUAUUAUUCAGCACACCGUGCAGAUUAUAAAUCAAGAAAAUAUGCUAGUUCCUCUCGGUAUCAUAAAUAAAGGAGAAAAUGAAGAUCUUAUCUCUUUUAUGCUUUCCGAAAUGGAAAAUAAUGCCCCAAGGCGGUGCUUAAUUUGUCAUGAAACGUCAUACAAAAAAGCUUAUUUUUUCAGUGAAUUUCCAAAAUAUUUACUAUUAUACUUGGAUUUUAAUAAUUCCAUUCCAAACUUGCCAGAUGCUAUAUACUCAAAUUUUGAGAAGCUUCAGUCAAUUCCAUGUGGUGCAUUUUGGUAUAAUGCAGUCGGCUUUAUUUUGUAUGUAAAAAACAUUCAUUAUACAGCCAUGAUUUAUUCAAGAGCAAAGAAAGUGUGACAAGUCAUUGAUGACCAAAAAAAAAUUCUGCUAGAAGAUUAUAGUGAUUUAAGGGAAAGUGUGCCAUCUAUUGCAUUAUAUAGGCUAAGCAAUAAGCAAUCUAACUAUCAUUUCCCUAUAUUGUUUAGAUAUGCUGACUUGCCAAUCGAGCCAAAUUAUAUUAGCCCGCCUGACUCUGUCAAUUUAGAACAAAAGUCCAUAUAUGUUCCUACAAAGCAGCUUGUAGAUCACAAAAUUUGCCUAGCCUGCAACAUGCCAAAUCCCAUUUAUAACUCAGUAUGCAUUUCCUGUAAGGUAAAUUUAAAUAACCCAAUAUCUUCAUAA